CCUUCAUUACACACGCUUUCCACGAACAAAAGGCUCGCUUAAAAUUGAAGCGCCGCACCCGCACGGCACACGCCGACCCAGAGCGCCGCCGCGCGAGAUGGCCUCCUAUGCCGCGGCCUCCUCGUCGGCGGCGCCCCCCGCCACAUCGUGCGCGGACGACGGCGCCUCCGUUUCGCCCUCGCCGCCGUCGUCCCGGCGCCCGGCCACCACGCUGCUCCUCCUCGCCUCCCUCGCCGCGCUCCUCAUCCUGUCCUCCGGCGACGACGCCGCGGCGCAGCCCCUCAAAGAUGUUAGUUUAGAAAAUCCAGAGGUUACAUUUGUUCCCUCAUCCAUGGGUGGACAAUUUUGUGAGCGAAUCCGCCUAUCUGGAAUACCAAGGUUGCAUCUGGGAAGCUACGCAAGUCAAAUGCAUGUUAGAAUGAAUGUUUCUCAAUCAAUGCCAGAGAAGUCCCAUUGGAAAAUAGAGGUUUGCCUUCAUCGGAAUAUCUCUAUGGGUUUAUGCCAAUGUGAGAUGGGUGAAUGGCAUGUUUUGCAAAAUGGCAUGUGGAAUGGUGUAAAGUCUCCAUAUGGAAACAAAUAUGUUGAUGUGAAACUAGCUGAUAAGAAAUCUUCUAGCUUCACUCUUUCCAUUCAGGAAGAGUUUCAGAGAUGGCGUUUAGCUUGCCUUGGUAUUGGAUUUGUACUGUUAUUCCUGUCACCCAUUGUUAGCAAAUGGGCACCCUUUUACUAUAGCAGCUCUAUGGCUCUUGGAAUCAUGCUUGUUGUUCUGAUUGUCAUUUUUCAGGGGAUGAAACUGCUACCGAUGGGCAAGAAAAGUUUAUUUUACCUUACAGUGUAUGGAUCUGUGUUAGGUAUUGGUUCCUAUGCUGUACACUACUUCUCCACAUUGGUUACUUCUAUUCUGGAAAACUUUGGCUUGAGUGAAGAGAUGCACAACCCUGUUUCAAUCUUCCUGCUGGUAGCAAUUGUCUUGACUGGAGCUGGUUUUGGCUAUUGGAUGGUCAGGAGAUUUAUCCUUUCAAAAGAUGGCAGUGUAGAUGCAGGGAUAGCACAAUUUGUGAAGUGGGCUAUGCGUGUUGUCGCUACAUUCUUUGUUAUGCAGAGCACACUUGAUCCUCUUCUAGCACUGGUUGCUCUAGCUGCUUGCUGGUGGGUUUGCUUUUUGUUGACAGCAAACAAAGUUCAGAAGGCAAUGACACCGAAGCAAAAGCAGCCAAAGGCUUCUUCUCAGCCAAGGUAUACUCAAGGAUCACCCAAUACCCAGGUCCAGUUCUUAAGUCCAUCUUCUAGGAUGGAUAUCGGAAGAACCGCAUCGAGAAGUUCAGCCACACAGUAUGGUUGGAGCAAUUUGUCCAAUGGAGGUAACAUAACUGGAUUGGUCCCCUCAACACUUACAAGGCGGGUGGUACCUAAUCAAGAUGAAGAUCACUAUUCCACCUUCCACAACAUCCAACCUCGGAAAUAUUCAAAGAAAGAAUGGAACGACUUCACCCAGGAAUCGACCAGAAAGGCACUGGCAGAAUGCACAGGAACCCCAGAGUUUGCCAAGUGGGUCGCUGACAAUGCUCAUCGGCUGCAAGUAGAGAAAGAUGAUGACGACUUGGAGGAUGACACCAUCGAGAGCUCCUCAAACUCCUCGGAAGAAACUGGGGAGGAAGCCGAUAAAGCUCCUGGUCUGUUCAGAUUGUGGGCCUAGCAUGCUGAUUGAACUUAUAAGAGUGAGUAAGAAGCAUGCUGCUACCCGUGCACGUGUGAAGAAGUAGGAAGCGGCGAUGAAUCUGAACUAAAGGAAGAAUCUAAGCGUGCUGCUGUUGUGCAUGGUGUGCAAAGUAGGAGGCGGCGAUUGAACUAGUUUAGCAGUAGAGAAUAGGCUGGUAGCACUUAAUUGUUUCCAUUGUUGUUGCCACGGUUCAUUCUGCUCGGUGACAGUAGUUGGUUAAGCAUCUCAAAUCAACUAAUGCUAGGUUUAGCUUGUUGUCAGUAAUCUGUGGAUUGGUAGUUCUUUAGAGUUUAUGCAUCAGAGGGCUUAACCAAUGUAAUUUAUGACGAUUUGAUCGGCCAGAGCUGAUCCUGUUGAAAGUUUGGUCAUUUAGCAUGUCUUGUUGCUGUCAGGAA